UCUGUGCUCUACACUGACAAGAGCAGCGGCGGUUCACAAUGUUACGUUAACACCUCGAAUUGUCAUUCCCAUGUUUUUAAUAGGGCCAAAAAAAAUGAGUAGGACACAAUAACAGACCCCGAUCGCUUUACUUCUUUAUGAACAGUCACGACAAAACAACAUGGUUAUUGCGUGGGCAAAGCAGACAUGAGUGCUCGGUAAAUACUGGGAGAAUUGCGAUACGCAGGAGAGGAGGGAAGCCUUAAAAAUACUUGCUAGAUUUACUGUCUUUUUUUCCAGUUUACAGAUGGCUUUGCAUUGCCGCUUCUGCUAAAUAGCGCCGGACGAGACUGCAUAAAUGAUCGCAGCUUCGUAUUCUACUACUGUGGUUCCUCCCUUGCCGCCCUAGUACUCGCGCUUCAACACGGCUUUUGAGCUCGCGUCCAAAGACACUUGGAUGAAAACGGAAUAUACCUUCGACAGAAGCUGAAAAAAGAUGGGGAACACCACCUCUUGCUGCGUCUCCUCCAGCCCCAAACUCCGGAGAAAUGCACAUUCGCGGCUGGAGUCCUACCGCCCUGAGCCGGAGCUGAGCAGGGAGGACACUGGCUGUAACCUGCAGCAUAUCAGCGAUAGGGAGAACAUUGACGAUCUGAAUAUGGAGUACAACCCUUCGGAUCACCCGCGGGCGAGCACGAUAUUCCUCAGCAAGUGCCAGACAGAUGUUGCUGUCCCCAGCAAGAAAGUGAGAGAGAAAAGGAAGAGCCUCUUCAUGAAUCAUCACCCCCCAGGACAAAUGAGACGGAAAUACAGCUCCUGUUCCACCAUCUUCUUAGACGACAACACAGUCAGCCAACCAAACCUCAAAUUCACCAUUAAAUGUGUAGCCCUUGCCAUAUACUACCACAUAAAGAACAGAGAUACAGAUGGAAGAAUGCUGGUAGACAUUUUCGAUGAGAAACUUCACCCUCUGUCGAAGUCAGAAGUGCCGUUGGACUAUGACAAGCACGACCCGGAGCAGAAGCAGAUCUACCGCUUCGUCAGGACGCUCUUUAGUGCUGCUCAGCUGACUGCAGAAUGUGCCAUAGUUACACUGGUGUACCUUGAAAGGCUGCUAACCUACGCGGAGAUCGACAUCUGCCCGUCGAACUGGAAGCGCAUCGUCCUGGGCGCCAUCCUUUUGGCCUCCAAGGUGUGGGACGACCAGGCGGUGUGGAACGUGGACUACUGCCAGAUCCUCAAAGACAUCACCGUCGAGGACAUGAACGAACUCGAGCGACAGUUUCUGGAGCUGCUGCAGUUCAACAUCAAUGUCCCGUCGAGCGUCUACGCCAAGUACUACUUUGACCUUCGCUCCCUGUCUGAGGCCAACAACCUAAGCUGCCCCUUGGAACCCCUUAGUCGGGACAAAGCACAGAAAUUAGAGGCCAUCUCCAGGUUGUCCGACGACAAGUACAAGGACUUGCGGAAAGCCGCCAAGAAGCGGUCGGCGAGCGCGGACAAUCUGACGGCAGCACAGUGGGUUCCCGCCAUCAUAUCCUAAUGCCACCGGGACCCAGGAACUCGGGCCCCGCCCACUCAGCACACCGGGGUGUGAGCUCAUCCAACCAGAGCUCACCUGGAGGGAUCGAGACCUUGCUACACAGCGCCUCCAUCUGGCAGGGCACAGAGGAGCCCCUCUCAGUGGGUUUGUCAUUUCUAUUACUGCAUCGGGAGGCAGGUGCAUCGGCUCCGAGGAAAAGCGUGACCUUUCCCGCCGAAGGCCGCCUGAACUUUUUCCCAUGGCGACAGAGAUGCUGCGCUGAACAAGUUGCCAAGCGGGAAACAGCACGUUUGCGAAAACGGUUCACCUAAAGGGUCGUGGGGGAAAAAAAAAAUUAAAGAUUCAAACUGUGACUCAUAUGAAGAACGGCUCAGCUGCAUAUGCUACUGGUUAUCUGACUUUGAAGGCUGGUGCAAGUGAAAAAAUGGCUGAAUUUAAAUGGUUGCUCCUGUUUGCCAGACUUUUUUUUGUACAUUCCUGUGGUUUUGGUUCUUAAUUUCGUUCUUAAGUCCUCUCUGAAGCACAAGCAGUAUUUUUACAGGCGAAAAGGCUGUACAUAUGUACAGUUGUCUCUGGCAGUCCAGACGUUUUUUGUGACUUACACUCUUUGCUUUUCAGAAAAUGAUCAGGGCAUUUCAGCAUGUCCAAUGCAGGACCAAUGUUCGUAGAUUGCCUGUCAUGUCCUGAUCAUGGCAGAUUUAUUUUAGUGUUGAUUUCUGUUGUUGAGCAGCUUAUUCCUGAAUUUGAAAUGGUAUGUAUUAACUGCUGUAUCUGUACAUCUGAAAGCCAAGGAACUUGGGCUCAAAUUUUUUUUUUCCCCAACU